UUACACUCAAAACUACAGACCGCCCUUUUCGAACCAAGGAAACUACACCGUUUAUUGUCUAUUUAAUCAAUAAAUUGCCAUACAGCCACUACAGUACGUUAACCCGAACAGAUUUCAGUAAAAAUGGUGAACGAAACUACUGAUAAUUACGGGCUAUCCAAUAUGACCAAAUCAAAAAUCGUAAAUUUGUGUAAAAAGCACAAACUGUACGUAACACCUCGGCUAAACGAUGUUUUGUAUCUGCACUAUCAAGGCUUCACCGAAAUAAAAGAACUUGAUGAAUAUGUUGGACUGAAAUGUCUGUACCUCGAAUGUAAUGCCAUAUCUGAAAUAUCCGGAUUGGAAAAUCAGUCCGAACUUCGAUGCCUGCUCUUGCACAAUAACGUUAUCAAGAAAAUCGAGAACCUACACCAUUGCGUCCAUUUGGAUUCGAUUAAUCUUUCGCACAAUUUUAUAACGACCAUCGAAAAUUUAGGCUCGGACAUACUACCUAAACUGAAUACACUCACCAUAACGAACAACUGUCUCCGGACCGAAGAAAGUAUCGCCAAUUUGGUCCAUUGCAAAACUUUAUCGGUUCUGGAUUUGUCGCAUAACCGGAUCGACGACAUUAUUAUCGUCAAGGUGCUUGCACAGAUGCCUGAGUUAAGAGUUCUGGUUUUAACCGGCAAUCCAGUUGUGAAUCAAAUACCUUCUUACCGCAAGACAUUGAUAUUAAAUUGUAAAAGUUUAACAUAUUUGGAUUCCCGUCCUGUAUUCGAUGUUGAUAGAGCUUGCGCCGAAGCUUGGAAACGUGGUGGAUACGAAGAAGAACGAAUGGAACGGAUGCGAUGGAACGAAGAAGAAAGGCGUAAACUUACAUCAAGCAUUCGCAGUACAUUAAAUCUGGGACGGAAUGGGUGUUCGAAUGGCGAGGUGAAUUUGAUCGUUGACGUUGACAAAGCACAGUUAGUCGAUGACGAGACAGUUCUCAAUUCCGACAACAACAUUUCUGAUGAUUCUUCAAACAGCGAUGGGUCCUGCAACAAAGAUUUCCAGGAUGUUUCCGACGACUUCGAGUUUUCCGAGAUACCAACGAAGGAGUCUGAACCGCUCGAAGCGUUGAACAGCUCAGAUGAAUUCCACGAUGUCGAAUGUGAGGACAGUGACGACAGUUUCGUUUCUUCAUUAGACCAACUGAAUGGUAGCUACGGUUCGUUCACUGACAGUAACGAAACAUUGAAGGGUGAGAGUAUGGACGAGAAUUGUUCGAUAUCAAUGGAAGUGGGGGUAGAUGAAAAGAAUGUUGGCGAUGCGAUUGAUGAAAUCAUUCUGGAAAAGGAAGUUGACUCGUCCAAAGCCGAUGAUACGAAUCUUAGAGUCAACUCCACCAAAAUUACGUUUUAUUGCGAAAGUGUUGAUAAGUUGAUGUCGGACGCUGGAGGUGAUGAAUGCGAUGAAAUAAUACAAGAAAUGACACCACCGUGUUGCGUUACAGUAGAUCCCAUUUAAUUGAACACACGCCAGUUGUAGCAAAUUCAAUCCAGUAAAACUUAACUCAAUAUUCAAUGGUUACACAUUUUGUUUUCAAAUAUUCGUUCAGCGCUUCUUUGCCCAAGUCCUUGC